AUGCAUAAAUUUCUGUUUGGAAAUACAAGAGUCAAUAAUUCCAGUUAUUGUCCUUUUGGUUCCUAGAAAUGCCUUAAACCAGGAAUCAUUAAUAAGAUAAAAAAUAAGAUUUAAGAUUUAUUCAUACCAAGAAUCAACUCACAAAGUAUAAUCUAAAGGAUAUAACCUUUUGAAGAUUAAAAUAUAGAAUAAGAACUAUCUAAUUAAUUUAAAAAGAAUCUUGUUCUUGUAGAAAGAAUUAUACCAAAUAAUGAAGAUAAUAUGACUUUAAAACGCAAGUCCAUAUGUUCUUUUGAAUAAUACCUAAAAGAGGAAUUAGAUACUGCUAAAAAAUUGUCUAAAGAAACUUAAAAUGAUUUGAGUGGAAAAACAAAUCAUUGUUAGAUCAAAACAUCAAAUGCUAAAAAACAAAAGAAGUCUUAAAAAGAUCAUUCAAAAAUUUAUAAAGAUAGAAAAAUGGAAGGUAAUAUUUGUAAAUAAUAACAAUAGAAAAUCAGAAAUAGUUAGAGUUCAACCUAAAUAAACAAAAUUUUAAGUAAAACUAAGUUGAAAAAAAAGAAAAUUCCUCAGAAAAUUUAUCAAAUUGUUCUAAUAAAAGACUGAAACAAUUUGAUAUCAAUAAAGAGAAUAAUAUUUAAUUCAAAUAAUAGAAAGAUUAAAAAACAUCAAUAAAUAUAUUUGAGAAUUAAGAAAUUAUUCAAAAUGAAGAUAAUAAAAAUUAAAUGUCUGAUUUAUUACUAAAAAGAUUAAAAACAUCUUCAUCUUCUGUUCAUAGUCCAUCAAAUAAAGAAUUUGUUCAAGAUAAUAUAAAUAUGGAUAAAAAAUUAUCAAGUUCAACUGGUAUAAACACAAAAAUUGAGGCAAAUGAUACACUAUUAAGUUUAAAAAAUGGAGAUUUCUAAUAAGAAAUUUAGUAUAAUAUGCAAAAUUUAGAUAACAAUAUAAAACCUUAAAUUUAAAAAUAAAAUUCAGAAUAUGGGUUUCAAAAUAUAUAAAUAUCAAAUGAAUAUAAUAUAAAAGAUUGCCAUUAAGUAAUUUUUCCUUGUAUUAAAUUAGAAAUAACUAGAGUUUAAAUAAGACAAUAGUAUGGUUAUACAAAAAUAAGACUGUAUUAAUCAAAAUAAUACUGAAUAACAUGACAAUAAAAGGGAGAAUCAAUUAUUUUAAAAGUCUGAACAAUCUAAAUUAAUUUUUAGUUAAAUUGAAGGGAAUAAAGAUAUGAUGCUAAAGGUAAAACAAGACGUUGAAUUAAAAAAACAUAAUAAUUUGAUAUAAUAGGAUUUAGAACAAUUUGAAAAUGUAAAUCUAUCUAAUAUCUAAAUAAAAAAUUCAAAAUAAACAUAAUUGAUAUAAAACAAAAAGAAUGAAUAAAAAUUAGAUAAGUAAAAAGAGAAAAUCAAUUCUUAAGUUUAUUUAUAAGAAGAUUAAUUGUUGAAAAAAAAAAUAUCAUCUUAAAUUGAUAAAUAAGAUCAUUUAAAUGAAAAAGAAUAAUAAUUUAACAAUGUUUAAAAUGAGUAAAACAAAGAAAUAUCCAAAAAUAUACUUCAAACAAGCUUUUUAAAUAAUUAAAACAAGUAAAUUUUAGAAAAAAAUGAGAAAUCAAUAAAAGAAUAUAAUCCAUUUUUGAUACUAAGUCCUAAUAUCAGUUCUGAUCAAAUAAGUCUGUAUUUUUAAGGAACUUCAACAUAAAAUUAAAAUAAAGAAUAUUAAGCAUAAAAUUAAAAUCAACCAUUAAUAGAUUUAUUCAAAAUAUCAACAUAAUAAUCUUCAUCUUAAUAAAUAAUUAAUAAAACAUAGGAUAAAUAAAAUACUUAAAAUUUAUAGUCAAUAUUUAAUGUUAACAAUUUUGCAAAUUAAAAAAUAUUACCAUUCUCUACAAAUAAAUAAAUGGAAAUUAUUUAAUAGGUUCCAUAAAUUACUCCGAUUAUUUAACAUUAAUCAUAUAAUUUUGAGUCAGUCAAACUAAAUUAUUAGCAAUAGUCUACUUAAUAAAAUAAUCUAUUUUAAUAGUAAUAAUAAUAGUAAUAAUAGCAUUAUUAUUCAGAAUAAUUGAUGUAAUAGUCAAACUACUAAAUAUAAAAUCUUUUUUCUUAAUAACCAUAAACUUCAAAUGUAGUUUCAAGUUUAAAUUUAUUCUAAUCUAAUCCUUAUUAAUAAUAAUAAAAUGACUAAAUAAAUUAACCAUUUUAUUUUAAGAAUGAUGUCUUAUCACUUUUUUAGGAUACUAAAAAAUCAGAUAGAGGUGAUAAUUUAAGUUAUUUUUUAGAUAUAUUCUAGACUUAAACAUAUCAUUAGGCAACUUAGAGUUUGAAUAAUAGUUUUAACAAGGGUCGUAAGAAGUAGAGAAUUAAUAAUUUUUGA